AUGGGAGAUUCACAACAAGAAAAGGGAAAAGGAAACUAUAAUCAACGGUCCGUGGAAGAGAGCAACAUGUUGUUGCAACUACUUGUUGAGGCCAUAAAAAAUGGAUGGCGUGAUGCUAAUGGCGUAAUAAGCAAGCAGACUAUAGAAGCCAAAAUUGUUCCCGUGCUCAAUGAAAAACUUAGGUGUCAAAAAACUCAAGAUCAUGUUAAGAACCGUGUGAACAUGUUGAGGGGUCGAUAUCAAUCAAUAUGUCAGCUUUUUAGGCAUAGUUCCGGAUUUGGUUGGUACCUCGUCACAAAGAAGUUCAUAGCUAGUGAUGAAGUAUGGGAAGGCUUCCUUAGGUCCCACCCAAAGAGUCAAGGUGUUCACAAAGAGACAUUUGCGAACUAUGAAGAUUUGAUGACUGUAUUUAGCAAUGGAACAUGUAAAGGAAAUAACUCAAUUGCAUUGGGUGAUGAUAUUGAUGCCACAACAUAUAUAGUCGAUGAAAGUAGGCCAAUCAAAGUAAACGAAUUUCCUCCACCUGAUGAGAGCUUUGAGCAACUUGAUCCAUUAUUCCAAAAUCCAUCCUAUUCAUCAUCUUUCCUAGAUGCAAAUUUGGAGGAGUUCUUGAAAAUGACACCAGAAGAACGCUCAGAGGUGUUCGGUAUCAUCUCCAAGAUUUUGCUGGUAAUGAUCGUGACCCCGUAA